CGCCCACCAAGUCCGCGGAGUCGUGGGUUGCGCGAUUUAGCACGCGUCGUUCCGGCGUGUUCCCCAACCUGCAAAUCCUCAUCCCAUCUAUGGUCGACCGAUUCGUGUCUUCAGCAAUCUAAGAGACCAUGGUCUUGUUCAAGCGGAAACCGGUUCAGUACCUCCCACGACCCGUCAUUGAAGAUGACAGCUCCGAGGUCUGGGUCAUUCCGGAGACCAACGAGGUCUUUGUUCACUAUGAACCCUAUCUCCAGCGCAUGGACUUCUACAAGCAGAAGCGCUUCAUAUGUGAGAUCACGGGCCACUCGGGAUUAACUUUCUUCGAGGCUCUAAAAAGCGAGAUGGAAGAAUCGCGGGAAGUCAAUAGUGCCUUUCCCGAUGCUCUGAAAGAGCCCAUUCUCCGCCGGAUUCAAUUUUCCACAGUGUCGCGGGUCGACAAUCUCGUGGAUGAGAUCUUCGAGGAAUUCAAGCUAGACUUUUAUCCAGGGGAGCCUGUUCUAAUACUUCUCGACGAUAACACUCGGCUGCACGGCAUAAUAAGGGACAAGGCCAAUUUUGCUGAACAACUAUACCCGGAUGGAACCGUCAAAAUGCCCGCCCACAGCAUGUACCUUGUGAAGGUUCUGGACCGCCCGAAUGAAGAAGCUUUGCUGGAUCAGGACCAUAUUACCCGUGACCGGAAGACUUUCACCAAGCAGAUGCUGCGCGCCUUCAUCAAGAAUAAUGUGACGAGGGAAUCGUGGAACGGGGCUCCUUGGUUGGUGAAAUCAACGAUCGCCGAUGAAUACAGAAUCCCGACCGAAGUACCAAAGCAUUUGCAGUAUGGCGCCAAGGUUGCUGAAAAGAAAGCCAUGAAAAAGGCCGACCAGGAGGGUUUCUUCGGCUUCUUCGCUUCGCAGCAACUUCCGGAGCUAAAACCAGCAGUCAAAGGGCAAAAGCUCAAGCCAUCACAACAGGAUUUAGCUCGCUCGAAAGAAGCCCAGUUUUUGGAAUAUCAGCGAUCUCUGAAUGGCAAUCCGUCCUUCCUUCUCGCUAAUAAGUCCACCAACGGGGCCGCUCGUCCCUCCAAGUCUCAAGAACCAGAGAAGAAGGCGCAGCCACAACCCCCUCCAGCCGUUGUUGUCAAGGUUGAACCGCCAAAGGAGCCGACACCACCACCUAUCAAAUAUCCUAUCGAAGAUCUGGAUAUCGCUCCAGACCACGAAAAGAAGAAACAGCGCCCAGCUCUCAGCUAUAUGACUAUCGAUGAGGUUGAUGAUCCAGAUGAUGAAGAGCUUCUGCACAGCUCCCUCGAGAUGGGAUCUGUGGGGCGUCUCUUGGAAACGUGGAAUACGCUCAACGUCUACUGUGAGGUUUUCCAGCUGGACUCUUUCACCUUCGACGACUUUUUCCAGGCCAUGAGGUUCUCUUCCGAGGAUGUGGAUUGUGAACUGUUCGUUGAGGUACAUUGCGCCGUGCUGAAGAAGCUUGUCAAUGCGGAGAAAGAUGAUGAAGGGGCCGUACAAAUUUCUCUUCCCGAACUUCCCGACGAAGAAUCCGAUGACUCGGAGGCAGAAGAGGAAGAAGAAGAGGCAGAACCUACCCCUGAACCUGAGCCGGUGGUGACACGAAUGACGACUCGGAGUAGUUUGGCCAAGGCUGAAGCGGAGAAUCUCAAGGCGCAAGCAGACCGCGAAGGUUCUAGCUCAGAGGAGGUUCCAGUUCACCGGGCCGCUGAAUUGUUCGCAGAAUAUGGUUGGAUUGACCGUUUACGGAAACGUGAUUUCCGUAACGGUGGAUGGGAGCUGGUGAUGGUCGGGCUCCUCAAUCGACUUUCUGGCCGCCCGCGCAUGAAGGAGGUAUGCGACAAGAUUCUCAAACAUCUUGCGCCUUUGGAUGCCGAACCGACCCUGGAAACUGUUCAAUCCCAGUACGCCGUUAUGGAUGUCGACCUUCGCAUCCAAGCUCUGCAGAUCAUCUGCAUGCUCAGUCUCGAGACGAAAGCGAUUCGAAACUACCUCGAGGAAUGCAGCAACCAGAUGACGGAGUUCCGCAAGGAGAAGAUCGAGUACCAGAAAGCACGCAAAGUAGUACUCGAAGAUCUUCGUCGGUUACACCAAGAGCGCAAGGCCCUUCAACCCGAGCCCGAGAAGUCUCCGUCGCCAGCGCCCGAACUGGACGCAUUGGAGGACUCGAAGAUGACUGGUAUUGAUGGUGAAUCGGAUAACUCAGAUCAGGAAGCAGCUCCGCAACGGAGUCUUCGUGGUGGCCUGGACAGACAACUUGAGCGCAAGCGCAAGCAAGAAGAGGAGCGCGAGCGAAAAGAGCAACUGGCCAAACAGCCUAAAGGAACCAAGCAGUACCAGCGAGUGCUUAAGAAGAUCGAGGACCAAAAGGCCGCGGUCAAAAAGCUCGAAGACAAGAUUGAUAUGAUCGACAAUGACCUUAGGGAAGCCGACUGCCCACGAACGAGAUGCCUCGGGAAGGACCGGUUCUGCAAUCGCUACUGGUGGUUUGAGCGAAACGCCAUGCCGUACGGAGGCAUGCCUAACAGCUCCACGGCAGAGGCACAGUACGCGAAUGGCCGCCUGUGGGUCCAAGGUCCCGAUGAGAUGGAACGCGUGGGCUUCAUUGAUGUUUCCGACGAGUACAAGAAGCAGUACAUGAAGGAAUUCCAGACCACACCGGCGGAGCGCAAGAAGCAAGAGGAAGGACCCACGCGACUGACGAACGCAACCGAGUGGGGCUACUAUGAUGAGCCAGAGGCUAUUGAGCAGCUACUUGACUGGCUCGACUCGCGCGGUAACCGAGAGUCGCGACUUCGCAAGGAGUUACUGUUGCAGCGUGAUAAGAUCGCCAAGUACAUGAAACUCCGCAAGGAGUACUUGGAGCAGACCGCCGAACGGGCGGAGUCGGAGGAAAUCCCUAGCAAGCGCGUCAUGACGCGCAACAAGACCUAUGUGGAUGAUAACAAGCAUCGCUGCAUGCGCUGGCGAAACAACACGGGCAUGAGUGACAAUGGACACCUUCACGUGGAUGCCUCGCGGCCGACCAAGCGGGCCAAGCGGGCCAUUGACGAGCCUAAAGAAAUCAAGGCGACGAACCGUCAGGGCAAACCUCUGACGAGACAAGGCACGCGCUACAAUUUUUGAAGCAGUCGCCAUCUCAUAUUCUUUGUGUUUG